AUGGAAAAGUCAUUGAAAAUCAUAGGUCCUCUGAUCGUUGCGCUGGUUAAACUUCGUGUGGACCUCCGCCCGGGACGUUGGUUUGAGCCCACCCUGGAUCGUCGGCCAGUGGCUCCUACUCCCGCUUCCCCUGCGGACGGUCCUGUCGCAUCAGCGGCGACCCCCUGCAGGCAGACGCAACACGGCCAGAAAAGAGCCCACGGCUGUCGAUCCCCCACAGCCAAGGCUGCACCGCCCCUGCAGCACCCCCCCUCUCAACAGCAGCUACUCACAGGUUUCACUAAAGGAGCUGGUAUUUUACCAGAUGGUCCUCUGGAUGCAGCCAUAGGAGGUUCAGUGUUACUCGAAACAACAAAGACUCCUCCAGAAACUCCAUUUUUAGUAGUGACCUGGAGCUUUGGUGCAAACAAUAUAGGAAUCUCAACUCCUUCUGGAGAGAACAUUGGGGUAAACUAUACAGGCAGGGCCAGAAUCACCCAUUCUACUGGAUCUCUGGAGCUCAGCAGACUGACUGCUGCUGAUAGUGGGGAUUAUGGAGUCAGCAUUAUCCCUUCAACUGGUGGUCAAGAGUCUGGAACCAUCACACUGAGAGUACAUGCUCCAGUCUCUGAUGUAACAAUAGAUCCUGAAACUCUGAACCUUGUUGAGUUCAACAAGUCUCUCAGGCUGUCCUGCAACUCUUCUGGAUCCCCACUGUCUUUCCUCUGGAUUAAAGACGGCUCUGAGAUCACAGCCAGCGACAGAGUUCAGAUCACUGAUGGAGGCAGAUUGCUCUCUAUUGUCAACGUGAGAAGAGAUGAUCAGGGGAGCUACACAUGUAAAGUGUCCAAUCCUGUCAGUACUGCCACCAGCGAUCCUGCAACUGUUACCGUCUACUACGGGCCAGAAAACAUCAAGUUGACUCCACCAGCAGAAACGAACCAUGCAGCAGGAUCAGACAUCACGAUGGUCUGUUCAGCUGAUUCCAGUCCUCCUGCUCAGUUUACCUGGUACCUAAAUGGAUCUCAGCUUCAGGACACUGGAUCAGAGCUCAAACUGGUGGAUGUUAAUAAAACUCAGAGUGGAAGCUACAGCUGUCAGGCUUUCAACACCGAAACUCUGAGAUUUCAAAUAUCUGAACCUGCAGUCAUCAAUAUUCUGGAGGAAAUAUCAGAUGCUUCUGUCAAACCAACAAAUCCUCCAGUUGAAGGGACCAGUCUCAACUUAACCUGUGAGGCUUCUGGCUCAGGGUUGAGCAGAAAGUGGAUGAAGGACGACUCCGAUCUGAUCCUGACUGACAACAUGAAGCUUCAUGACAAUAACAGAGUGCUGUCCUUCACCACUGUGAGCAGAAAUGACAACGGAGAAUAUGUCUGUAAUAUUACCAGCAGCUUCGGCAGUAGGGUAGCUAAUUUCUCCUUGACUGUAAACUAUGGACCAGAAAAUGUUGAAAUCAGUGGUGAAAAUCAGAUAAAAGUGGGAAGCACCAUAGAACUGAGCUGCACCGCUGACUCAGAGCCAUUGGCUGAAUUCACCUGGUUAUUCAAUGAGACUCAGAUAUUAAACUCAUCUUCUGAGCUCAUUAAAGACAACGCUAACAUUUCUGACAGUGGAGCGUACACCUGCAGAGCGACGAAUGAAAUUACUGGGAAAUCUGGAUCUGCUGAGCACCGGCUGUCUGUGACCAGUGGUGGUAAUGAGUUGAAAACAAAAUGCGUCCACGCCUCCGUCCCUCCCACCGGCACAAAUGGCAAAGAGGGAGGAAAGAAGACCCUGGAUGAAGUGCUCCGGGAGGCGGAGCGCGCCGAGGUGAUUCUCUCCACGCCGCAGGCUGGAUUCGGUACACCACCUUGUGCUUGCCGGGCUGACCACGACGGGGAGGAGAUGGAGAAAGCCAUCUUCAUACGACUCUGCCAGCUGCGCAGCUCCACACACUCCGACGAGGUCACCGUGAAAUUGACUGCUCUUACCGGUGCAGUGAAUCCCAGCCCAAGAUUCCCCUCUAAGGCCCGUUACUCUGGUGGGCCAUUUCGGCCGCACCAGCGGAUUCUCUCUGACCUGCCAGUUGGAGUUGAAGUUUUGUGCUGGUGUGCCACAUUCGCUCACAUCCUGUGCACCUCCUGGAGGAGAGCCCCUCCCUCCUAA